UAAUAUUAAAACCAAGAGGAUUGUGUAUUACACUAAAUACUAUCGGACUAGGUGGUAUUCUAUAUAAAAUCCCCCUUGUGCUUGUACGUGUGAGUUUUAUUUUGAAACCAACCGGAUAAGAUUUCCUCAGCCCUGACCAGCUUGACAGACAUCGCCUUAUGUCAGCGCGACUCACUGUACUCUUAUCUCAUGGCGUAGGUUAUUUAACAAAGAGAGGAAAAUGAAACUAUUGUAUUUCACUGUAACCGACGGACAACAAUUUAAACAUGACACUGCGGGUUAACCGUAGCGUUUCUCAGUGCUUCAAGAGCGCGCGCAAGUGGGGAAACGACCAUUACUGGAAAUAAUGGGCUUGUUUCACAUUUGAAGGUAAGUUUUUCACUGCAGACAGAGGGAGAUGGGGAAUGUUUUGGCUUUGGAAAAUACGUAAUAUCGCUGAAUCUCUAUACUUUCUAUUCAAGCGCUUACUUUCUCGUCACAUGCGUCUGUCGGCCUGUUAACGACGCGUGAUGUUUAAAAUGUCGACAAACUACUUUGGUGUGUGUGUGUGUGUGUGUGUGUGAGAGAGAGUGUGAUGCGGCCAGUGUGAGAGAGGAAGUGUAUUUCCAAGUUGAGUGUUGCAUAACAGGGUUGGAAGGAGGAGGAGGGGUGCUGCUGUUUCAGCUGAGAUGUGCUGCCUUCAGGGACCCACUGCCUCUGUGCUGCCUUCAGGGACCCACUGCCUUCUGUGAUGUAUGAGGCACAAAUGACCGAAACAAAAAAAAGUUUGACGUACUUCCAGGAUAGCGGACAUUUUCUAUGAAAGGGAUACCUGGUGUUUAUCGAAGGGUCCAGUAUGCCGAAGGAACAGCCUUGCUCGGGCGAGCGCACUUCUUGUGCCACAUCCAGCAAGAAUGCUAAAAAUAAGAGCAACCGUCCGACUCUGCUGGCAAUGCGUGGUGCCAAAGACGCGGACGACUCCAGCGGGACGGCCUCCUGCUGCAGCUCAGAAAAAGACUCUGGCUACUCUGAUGGGCAGCAGACGGAUGUGGAGGACCAGUGGAGCAACAGAAGCCAGUGCAGAGGCGGCGAGCGUGCAGAACCUUCACAGCCGGGACUGAAUAUCGAUCUUCGGCGCGGGAAUCCUGGGAAACCUCCCUUGAUGCCAGCAGACCGCGGGCUGCCACCCAUCUACAUAAUCAAUAACAUUGUGAUUAAGCAGCCGGACAUGAUCCAGAAAAGAGAUCAGCUGCCGCAGAGAAAUGGAAGCAGGGAACCCAGCGCUGCCCACAUGAUCCUUUUCCAGCAGCCUAGCAUGCUGCCGGCCGCUCGACAACUCCACGAGCCUUUGUCCCUGAGUUCCAACGGCACAAGGAAGAAAACAAAUGAUACCUACCUGCCCAUUCUCAACUCCUACCCACACAUUGCCCCACUACCCAGCAAGAAGCCGCCUGAUAAAUCUUCACCGUACGAGGAAUCACAGAAUCUCAGCAAGAGAGUCUGCACAGAAGUUGAUGACACGCCUGUGACCAGGAGUCCACCUGAGCAGCACCUUUAUGAGCAACCCAAAUCAGCAGCCUUAACCUCCAGGCUGCCGUGUUCCUCUUCAACCCCAGAGCUUCCCUCCUCCUCUUCCAGUCCCACUGCUGUCUCCUUGAGCCAAACCUCCGUCCUCAAAACCAGAGGACUUCACAGAAACGGCUCCACCAGAACUCGCCAACACCGUUUCCUCAACACAGUGGAGAUCCUGAGACAGUCGGGUCUGUUGGACAUAACGCUGCGAACGAAGGAGCUGCUGCGGCAGAGCAACGCCACCGAGCGGGACAUUGCGCAGCUCCGCGAGCACACGGAGCUUCUGUGCCAGGCCGUAAGCAACCCCAGCUGUACCUGGAAACAUCUACACCGAGCAAUGGCCGAGUCUGGCAGCUACCCCAACAUUAAAACCCUGCAAAUCCCAUGUUAUCCGGACUCUGCCAGUCAACCAGCGAGAGUUUCCACAGGCCACAGCAAUGGGCCACUAGGGGCUGAGAGCUCAGCGGUGCCGCCGCCGUCUUGCCUUCUCACGACCGUACGGGACUUAAACUCAGGCAGGGAGCUCCAGGCCGGAGGUAAAUCGUCAGAGAAAGACACCUUCAUGCCUCCCGACAGUUCUACCGACUAGCACAAUCUGCAGUGCCUUCUUAAAGGGAGAGCGAGUAUUCAGGGCUAUUUUUGGUUAUUAUGUGUGGCUUUAACGGUUCAUCCCUGGUUAUUUAAACUUAGUUUGAUAGGGACAGCAAAAUAUCUCUGCGGGUCAAUGGGAAACCAACAAUCACUCGUACUUAUUGUACAUGUGGGAGUACGUGUUUGGUUUGCGGAUGUUUAACGUUUUUCACCAGAUUUAAUUCUCUUAAGUGCAAUUCAGGAUACCACUUUUAUAGAACCACUCAGAUGUGUCUCUGCUUGUGGGCUACUUAAAGGAUUAUGUGAGAAUAAUAUGUCUCCGCGGGAGGCAGAGGAAAUUGGCUUUAUUUGGUUUAAUUGGUUUCGUUCUCACGACAGACCAAAGGAUGAGUAUAGCAGACAAAACAAGGUGAUGAACAAGGUUGGUGCCUUCAAAACCACGAAGCUAAAAGGCUCCCAGCAAAAUGUCACUUUCAGGAAACAUGUAGCACUUGAGGCACAACUCUGCGCUCAAUGCUGCAGAGAACAUCUCUGUUACAUCACAAGCUGCAGCACACUGGACUGCCGCAAGGACUUCUGUCCAAAUACUUGUCAACCAAGCCUUAAUUGCUCUUUUUCACUCUAUAUUUUUGCCGUUACAUCAUUGUCCCGGGUUCUCAUACCAUACAAAUACAGCACACAUCAUAUUUGAACAGAAGAAUUCAACUCAGCAUCUCAAAGAUAAUCAGUAAAAUGGUUUCCUCUCAUGUGGUCAUGUGUUAGUACGGUUUGCAUUGUGAAUUUGAUUGUACGACAGUGUUUAAGUAUGAAAGUACGUUGCUUAAGUGGUUAUCAUCGUGUGAUAAGUGAAUUAUUUGUCAUCUUAUUUUUUUGUGCUUAUAUGCAUAUGACAGACAUCGCUUCCAACGCAUUUCUGAAAAGUGUUUCACAUUGUAUUUUUCAUAAUUUCAAGGUAUUUAAAUAAAGCAAUAUCUGAGGAAUAUACUCUGUC